AUGGCUGCUUCCAGACGGUACCUGGUAUCCAUCACCUCGUGGAUUGAACGGUGCGGUGAACUCGACUGCCUCAAGUGGCUCCUCUCGCAUGAUCAUGGCUUGAAGCUUCACUUUCCCUACAAUGAUACCUCCCGCGUCUAUGAGAACCUGGAUACAAGCCGCAUGUUCGGUCUUGGCCGGGUAGAAGUCUAUCCAUGCUCGAUUGCAAAGGGUGGUUUUGUGGCCUGCGAUGUCAAUGUUGUCUUUGACACUGAUCCGAGCUCCAUCAAGAGGGCGUUCCUCGGAUGGCUUGUAAUAGCAGCGAGGCGGUACGAUGACUCUACCAUUGAUGCCAGCCAUGGGGGAGUCAAGCGACACUAG